AUGGUUCUGGAACAACAGAGUACCCAAGCUGAUUAUUGGCAAGGACAAUCAGCUAACAAACCUGAUGAUAAAAUGCUUGUUCAAAUGCAGAAGGGCUUUGCUGAUCAACAGCUCAUGGAAAGAAUUAAUCGCGAGCUGCUCACCCUUAAUGAACAGAAAAUGCAAACUAAUCAACAGCUUCCCUCCGUUCAUACAUCUCAAAGUGCCCAACAACCACCGACCGUUCUUCAACCUCAAAUAUCACAAACACAGCCGCAAAAAAUAGUUCAGAUACAACAGAAUCCAAUUACUUGGCAAGGACAGUUAUCUCAAGGGCAGGAUUUCGGAAACGAACAGCUUAUGGAAAGAAUGAAUCGUGAACUAGCCACUCUUAAUGAACAGCAAAUGCGAAAUUUCCAACAACUCCCGGCGAUUCAUCAACCUCAAAGUGUUCAACAGCUUCCAGUCGUUCAUCCACAAACAUCACAAACAAAUCAACAAAAUCAGAAGCAACAACAGAGUGUUUGCGGAAAUGAUCAACUUAGGGAAAGAAUGAAUCGCGAAUUAUUCAACCUUAAUGAACAACAAAUACAAAAUUUCCAACAAUUUUCAGCCGUUCAUCCACUUCAAAGUGUUCAACAGCCACAAGCAAUUAAUCCACCUCAAAUCUCUCAAACAAACCAGCAAAAUCAGAGACAACAGACUACCCAGAGUGAUUAUCCAAUUAGUUGGCAAGGACAGUUACCUAUAAAAAAUACUGACACACUUGCUCAAAUACAUAAGGUUUGCGGAAAUGAACAGCCUAUGGAAAGAAUGAAUCGCGAAUUAGUCAACAUUAGUGAACAGAGAAUACAAAGUGUCCAACAGCUUCCAGCCGUUCAUCCACCUCAGAAUGUCCAACGGCUUCCAGCCGUUCCUCAGAAUGUCCAACAGCUUCCAGCCCUACCUCCAACUCAAAAUGUCCAACAGCCACAAGCCGCCUUUCAACCACCUCAAAUCUCACAACCACCUCAAAUUUCACAAACAAAUCAGCAAAAAAUUGUUCAGAGACAACAGAGUACGCAAGGGGGUUAUCCAAUUAUUUGGCAAGGACAGUUAGCUAUGAAAAAUGCUGAUACUCUUGUUCAAAUGCAUAAGGUUUGUGGAAAUGAACAACUUAUAGAAAGGAUGAAUCGCGAGUUAGUCACCCUAAAUGAACAAGGCAUUCCUCUGCUUAGGGUAACACAAAGGAUGCGAUUAGAACAAUCUCAAUUGGAUAAUUUAAUGCGUAAAAUGGAGAAAGAAGAGAACCAUGUUGCCUUAAUUUGUUUGCCUUGUGGACGUGAUCGAAAUGAUGUUUCUAUACAAACGGAGAAAAUGGCAACUUCCUUUAUUGAAUAUUAUAGUUCCAAAAGUGCUGCAGGAAUUGUUAGCUCGCAUCACCCUCAAGGUUGUGUUGCUCAUAUAUUUCCUCCUAGUGACCUAAGCAGGUCAUUAUUAUCAAAAAAUGCUCCCGAUAUUUUAAGGAAAGUUGAUUUUCUUGGGGCAGGAUAUCUUUUUGUUAUUUUAACAAACUCCUGA